UCCCCCUGUCAGCUCUGUGCACAACUGGUGGCUGCGGCUCGCCAGCACUGAAGAGAGGGAGAGAAAGGGAGCAGCAAGUGGGAGAGGGGAGGAAAGGAGAGGAAGCAGAUCUGUGGGGAGUGGGUUGGCAGCUUCUGUCUCUCUGUGUGAACAGGGGCAUGCUACCAAGGCGAGUCCUUUUCGCUUCACGCUGCUGUCUGACCGCAGGAAAGCUUUGGAUUUAACGGACUGACUGGUGGCAGCUGGACUCCCUGAAGCUACAUUGCAGCCAUGGCGCCCAGCCAGGAUACUAUUCACAAUGUCGCUGUCCAUGCGGCCUGUGCGCCGCAUUUUGUUCACUGGAAUUACUAGGAGUCAGUCUUUUGCUGGAGUCAAUUCACCGCAGGACAAAGCAUUCAGGAAGCUAAAGGUAUUCAGCACCCCAACAACACAGCGGAAAACUCCCUCUCGAGCUGGCAAAAUGUUUAACAUUUCCCAUAAAUCACUCCCACCCAAGAACCCUCAGCCUGAACGGUUGGAUGAGGUUUAUGAAGCUUUGAAAAAGGGCCUAAAUGCAUACUUGCAAGUUCAUCAGCUGGAGCUCGACAGCUUAACGGCUCAACUCAAAGAUAUGAAAAGGAAUUCCAGACUGGGAUUUCUAUAUGACCUUGAUAAGCAAAUCAAGUCAAUUGAAAGAUUUAUUCGCAGACUGGAGUUCCAUGUUAGUAAGAUUGAUGAGCUUUAUGAAUCUUACUGCAUCCAACGAAGAUUACGGGAUGGUGCAAAUAACAUGGUGCGGGCCUAUUCUGUGUCUCAAACCAGCAAAGAAGCAAGGGAAAGCUUGGCUGAAGCCAACAAAGGCUACAAAGAAUAUACUGAGAGUAUGUGCACAAUGGAGAGUGAACUCGAGAACCAGUUAGGAGAAUUCCAUGUGAAAAUGAAAGGGCUUGCAGGGUUUGCACGCCUCUGCCCAGGAGACCAGUAUGAGAUAUUCAUGAAAUAUGGUCGCCAGCGGUGGAAGUUGAAAGGUCGCAUUGAAGCAAAUGGGAAGCAAGUGUGGGAUGGUGAGGAGAUGGUAUUUCAGCCUCUUGUUACAGAGUUCCUCUCAAUCAAGGUAACAGAGCUGAAAAGCCUGGCGAAUCACGUCAUAGUUGGCAACGUCUCCUGUGAAACAAAAGAUUUGUUUGCAGCCCUGCCUCAGUCUGUCGCUGUGGAUAUCAAUGACCUGGGAACUAUUAAACUCAGCCUAGAGGUCAUUUGGAAUCCAUUCGACAAAGAUGAUCAAACGACUGCUGCAAGCACUGUCAACAAAGUGCCCACUGUGAACAAGCGAUUCUCCACCUACAACCAAAGUCCGCCAGAUACCCCAUCCCUGCGGGAACAGGCCUUUUAUAAUAUGCUGCGCAGACAGGAAGAGCUGGAGAAUGGUGCUGCUUGGUCUAUCUCUUCUGAUUCUUCAGAUGGUUCGUCCAGUCCACAGUUGUCAACCAGUGUUAGACAUUCUCAAAAAACGCUGGUGCAGCCGGAAAUACAGGGAAUGGUCCCUAGAAUCACUAUAACGUUUGCACAAACUGAGGACCCUCAGGCAGCUAGUCCUGAGGCUACCAGACAGCAAGUAGAGGAGGCGGAGGAAGAGAAGGAGACACUAAAGCAUGCAAUAUUUAAUGGAAAUGUGCCAGUUUCCAGAACUCUCAGCCAUAUUAGUGAAGCAAGUGUAGACGCUGCAAUGGACUUGAAUGCGUCAACAAGCACCGAGUCAGAACCACAGGUCAUUGCCAUAUCAAAUUUAGUGGAGUCGUCUCAUAUCUCAGAGACAGGAGCUGAUCAACCUGUGACAGAAGAGACUGUCAAUGGGGCCCUACCAUUUGAAGCGCCGCUAGAAAAGUCAGAAAUCCCAGAAAACGCGUGUAGCCUGUUGGUGACACCAGAAGAUGAAACUUUUGCUGCUGUCCCAGUGGCUCAGAGUGUUGCCUCUACAGAGGAGAAAACCCAAUCGAAUGAUGCUAAAACCGGGCCUACAGAGAGCAAAAAGGUGAAGCCUGUAGACCCAGGGAUAGAGGAAGCUCUGAUGACAUUAAAUUCAACACUUGACGAUUAUCGUGGCCAGUUCCCAGAACUCCAGAAGUUAGAAUUGGAGGUCAAACAUUUAGAAGAAGUGCUGAUGCAGAGGCAGGGUGUGAACAGGAGCAGAGCAUCGAGUAUCAGCCUGACUGUAGAACAUGCAUUAGAGAGCUUCGACUUCCUGAACACAUCCGACAUGGAGGAUUCGGAAUUCUCGGAAGACGAGGCAGAGAAGAUAGGAAGCAGACACAACAGUAGAGUGCAUGGACUUGCUGCGGGACCCAGCGAAGCACUAACGGAGGAUACUGGAGUCGGCAGUGGCUCCGAAGGGAGUCCGGUUCCAAUGACAACAGGGAAUGAACACUUAGACCAGGUUCUGAUUGUGCACUUGAAUAACUGCAGCAGACUUCUACUGCAACUGGGUAUCUAUGGACCACUGCGAUGUCGGGAGAUCUAUGCACUGGACAAACUUCUGAGAGAGGCCCACAUUCUAGAGGUAGUCGCCAGGUUGAGUGAGGAGAAGUCUGGGAACAUAAACACUGUCGAAGAGGUCAUGCCACUGCUGAAAGAUAAAACAGUCUUUUCAUUCUGGACACACUGCACCGAGAGCCCCAACCUGUUUAGUGCUACAGUCGAGCGUGUUCUGCAGAAGCUGAACUUGAGUUUUGGGAGCAGAGUGAAUGAGCACUACUCUGGCCCAGCAGAAGCAGUUUUUAUUAAACUAGUGGAAAGGUUUUUGGACAGACCCUUGCCAAAACGUGCUCGAAGUGGAAAUGUGGAAGCGCUGACGAUCUUCCAAUACUUGAGUCACAUUGAGGAGCAGAACGUGCCCUCCUUGCCUGCCUAUAUCAUGGAGUUGGCAGACGAAGUAUUCCUGGUUCAGAAUCUGCAGUCCUCUGAUAGGGACGUGGUGCUGAAGACUCUGAAACAUCUCUCGGGGACCCAGCUCCAGAAGGAUGGACUGAACGCUGUGGGCCUGCUUCUGUUGGAGGACAACACUAAGAUCUGCAACACUGCUGCCUCCAUGCUGAAAAACCUGGCAGAAGACUCCAAAUUCAGAGAAAAGGCCCUGGUUUGUUACUUGGAGCUGCUUGAGGAUGAGGAUGGACAGCUGAGAAAAGCAGGUUGUACAGCACUGGCACAUCUAAAGGCCAAAGAGAGCAUUGAUCAACUAGUCUACCUUUGCCAGACUGAUAAAGAAGUCCGUGAUGUUGCUAAACAGACCCUCCUGUCUUUUGGCGAAGAAGGUAAAAUUGCCUACAAACAGAUGGAAGAAUCAUUGGAUGGUAUGCAGAGGCUCCUGGGGUCAGUCAGGAUGGCCAGCACAGCUUUUUAACCCGGGUGCUUCAAUUUGGCAGAAAAAUGGCCAGUUUCUUCCUGAAGAAAGCUUCUGAAACAAUGUGGCUUUUGUUGUCAAAACAUCAAGUAAUUGAAAAGCUUCUGAAUUUAUAGCUUUUAACAUUUCAGAUGUAGCAGCAUUCAUAACUUUUCCUAGAUUUGGGAGUAGGGCUUGGGGGAAGAGGAGAAUGCCACCAUGUGGGAGAGUCACUUUCAGUUUCCCAGUGUAUCUGGGGAAUGUUGGCACAAUAAUGCCAAUACUUCACAUAUGAAUGCACAUUUUGGUUAAAAGCACCCAAAAGCCAACUUAAGGAGAAGGCCUCUUGUAAAAGAAACUAUGACCAAAUUGGGACUAUUGGUGGAAAUGCACUUUGAAUAAUUGAAUGUGUGAAUGAUCCACAUAGGAGUGGUUAACCUUGACAUAGGGAUGAUACUGAUAAACAGGCAUCUCCAAAAGCCACAGCUGAAAUAUUUACCUACAAUUCUGCAUGUCUUGCUGCUCGGAGGCAGGAAGCAAAAGUGCUGCUUCACGUCCAAGUGCCUAGUGUUAUGGUGGAGAGCAUACAAGUAUUACAUGUACAAUAAAAAGGUCCAAUCUUUUUUAUUUAAUGUUAACUUCAGCUGCAGUAAGAAAAAAAACUGCAGCAGCUUUGAGUUUGUAAACCUGUUUUACUAUUUUUCACAUGGUGCAGUAAAAAGAUAUACUUUGAUUUUCUAUAUUAAUGUAUUAUGUAAGUAAAAGUGAAUUGUGAUCAUAAAUAAAAUUUCAUUAAAUGCAAUGCUGUAUUAUACCAAAAA